AUGCCACAAGCUGCAAGAUGGGUGGGAUCACCCUCAAUCAAGGGACGGACGGAGUCGAUGCGGAUGGCACUGUUGACCACCAGCUUGUUGGGACUACAAUUUACCUGGGGCAUUGAGAUGACUUACUGCACCCCGUACCUACUCCAACUUGGCUUGACCAAAUCGCGAACGUCGCUUGUCUGGAUUGCCGGACCUCUCUCCGGCUUGGUUAUGCAACCUCUCAUCGGUGUCAUUGCGGAUCGGUCUCGGUCGAAAUGGGGAAGACGAAGGCCAUUCAUGAUCGGUGGUUCUAUUGUUGUCACAGUGUGCCUAUUGAUCUUGGGAUGGACGACGGAGAUCGUUAGUGUCUUUGUUAAGGAUGCGGAUAAGGCCUCGCGGGCUACAAUUGCUCUUGCUGUGCUCAGCAUCUAUGCCGUGGAUUUCGCCAUUAACGUCGUCCAAGCUUGUGCUCGAAGUUUAAUCGUCGAUACAUUACCUAUUCCUUCGCAACAAGCUGGGUCCGCAUGGGCUACUAGAAUGUCGGCUGUUGGUCAGCUAAUUGGGUAUGUCAUUGGGUCUCUUGACAUAGUCAGCAUAUUUGGGACUGCAGUUGGCGACACCCAAUUCAAGCAGAUGACCGUAAUUGCUGCGAUGGCCCUACUAGCGGCAGUGUCUGUUACGUCCUACUCUGUGAAGGAGAGAAUUCUGGUGACAGCGAGGGAUUCUGAUGGGAAAGCCGGUGCUUUCCAAGUUCUCUCGCAACUGUUCAAAACAACCAUGGAUUUACCCCCACGUAUCCAAGCCAUUUGUUGGGCACAGUUCUGGGCCUGGAUCGGUUGGUUCCCAUUCCUCUUCUACAGUACUACAUGGGUUGGAGAAACGUACUUUCGGUAUGAAGUCCCUAAGGAUGCAGACCGACCCGCGGACAUGUUAGGAGAAGUUGGACGAGUUGGCAGUCUCUCACUGGUUGUCUUUUCGUCUAUCACGUUUAUCAGCUCCGUUCUCCUGCCAUUCUGCGUCCAGCCACCAGAUAGCAAACGACCGAAAUUCACCCCAAGGCCCCCUCCGGGUGUUGCUGCCUUUCUCAAGAGAAUCACCCGAAUACGCCCUGACUUACAGACAACAUGGCUUAUCUCCCAUGUUAUGUUCGCCGCGACAAUGAUUUUCGCUCCUUUUGCCCGCUCGCGAGCCUUCGCAACCUUCCUCGUCGCCAUCUGCGGCAUCCCAUGGGCCGUAAGCUGCUGGGCCCCCUUCGCAUUCAUGGGGGUUGAAAUCAACCGCCUCGCAAUGGACCCCACGCAAGCAUCCCGCCUCUCGGGCGUAACUAUGAUCACAUCCUCUACCGUAGGCUCAGGCGCCUACGGCGACUCCAGCGCAAAUGCUUCGGAAAUGGAUGUCCUCCGCCUCAACCACCACGACCCAGACAGCGACAGCGACACCGAAGACGGCUUCUCAAAUCUCCCCUCAACAGGCGAGUUAGCCGGCAUUUACCUCGGUGUGCUGAACGUAUACACAACCUUACCCCAGUUCAUGGGCACCUUCAUCAGCUGGAUUGUCUUCAGCAUUCUUGAGCCCGGAAGCACAAAGCGCGACGAAUCAGACUCGGACUCCACCUGGAUGGACCUGGAGAAGAGCGGGCCGAACGCUAUCUCGAUUUGUCUUUUUAUUGGCGCCCUGAGCGCCGUUAUUGCCGUGGAGGCUACGAGACGAAUGCGCUAUGCUUUUUAA